CAACGUUGCUCUGUAUAGCUACAUUUCGCUACACAAGGUCAAGGCCAGCCGCCAUGCGCCUGCAAUCGAUGAUUGUGCAGCGAGCGCGGCACUGCGCGGGCCGCUGCUGUGCCGGCUCGGACCAGACACCUCCACGGUCCACGUGUCUCCAGAGCCACUCGUCAUCGUCACCGAUAAGCUCGAGAUUAGAUGGAGCUUGCGGCGGGAGAGAGGGGCGCGGGGGCGCGCAGCCUCCUCGCGCCGCGCGGGCUGCGAGCCGCCAGUUCACUGUCAACAGUGCCCCGCGCCGCUCGCCCGGCGCCCGCCAGCACGACGUCCGCCCCGCCCGCGCCCCGCGCCGCCGCCCCGCCGCCCGCCUGCCCCUGACACCGGCCGCGGCCUGACAGCCACCACUCGCAGUACAAGUGAGUGUCUGGACCCUGGCUCUUACCUAACCGGAGCUUUCGUUCUAAUUGGCCGGAGAAAUUGCGAGAACGUGCCGAGCUAAAACCUGCAGGAGUAUUCAAGAUGAUCCCGAGACGCAAACACAACGCCUCCUCCGGCUCGCUGGCGCCCCCCGACGACAAGCACGCCAGCAACGACUACAUACUGGCGGACAGCGGGGGAGCCCCCGAGGGCUGGUGCGCCGCGCUGCGACGGAAGCUCACGCGCAAGACCCUGUACAAGCGAGUCCCGGUGACGGCCUGGCUGCCUGAAUACAACGCGGAAAAAGCAAUCGGAGAUCUCAUAGCGGGGGUGACCGUCGGUCUCACCGUGAUACCUCAAUCCCUCGCGUAUUCUAACAUCGCUGGCCUGCCGCCCCAGUACGGGCUCUACGGGUCCUUCCUCGGAUGCUUCAUCUACAUCAUCCUCGGCGGAUGCCGUGCUGUCCCCGCCGGCCCCACCGCCAUCGCCUCACUCUUAACCUGGCAAGUCGCCGGUGGAGUCGUCGAAAAAGCCAUCCUUCUCACAUUACUCGCUGGAAUCGUCGAACUAUUAAUGGGAGUUCUCGGCCUCGGCUUCCUGAUAGACUUCGUGUCAGGGCCGGUGUCCUCAGGCUUCACGUCGGCCGUGGCACUGAUGAUCGCCACGUCGCAAGUGAAGGACCUGUUCGCCAUCACGGUUACGGGAAACACGUUCCUGCAGCAAUGGAUCUCCGUGUUCGGCAACCUGCACAUGGCGUCUCUCUGGGACCCGGUGCUCGGGUUUAUUUGCAUCAUCGUGCUGCUUAGCUUGCGGAAAAUCGGCAUGGUGAAGCUAGGCGCAAACCGCGAAGGCGGGCCGAGUAUCCGUCAGAAGGUGAUCAUGAAGUGUCUGUGGCUGCUGGCGACCUGCCGGAAUGCCAUCGUGGUGGUCGCCACCGGCGUGCUGGGCUACUGGUUCGUGGCUACCCAGGGUACUUCUCCUGUGAGGCUUAUGGGCGCUAUUCCCUCCGGCAUCCCUUCAGUCCAACCGCCUCCGUUCAGCUACGUCCGCGCCGACAACACGACCGCAGACUUCCUCGACAUGAUCUCCGAACUCGGCUCCGGGAUCAUCGUCAUCCCCCUCAUAGUGCUGCUGGAAGACAUCGCUAUCUGCAAGGCGUUCAGCGAUGGGAAGACUAUAGAUGCAACCCAAGAGAUGAUAGCCAUGGGAGCGGUUUCAAUCGGAAACUCUUUCAUGCAAGCGUACCCUGGUGGCGGGUCUCUAGCGAGAUCUGUCGUCUCCAAUGGCUCGGGAGUUAAGACUCCGUUCAGUGGCUUGUACACUGGAUGUAUGGUGCUGUUGGCUCUCCAGUUCUUCACGCAAUACUUCGAGUAUAUCCCGAAGGCGGCGCUGGCUGCCGUCAUCAUAUCAGCUAUACUGUUCAUGGUGGAAUAUGAUGUGGUGAAACCCAUGUGGAGGGCUAAGAAACUGGACCUGAUCCCCGGCGUGGGCACGUUCAUCCUGUGUCUGACGCUGCCCCUGGAGCUGGGCAUACUGACCGGCGUCGUCGUCAACAUCAUCUUCAUCCUGUACCACGCCGCCAGGCCCAAGUUCUCCGUCGAGAUGCUCAAGACGGAACGCGGCAUAGAAUACCUGAUGGUGACACCAGACCGGUGCCUCAUGUUCCCUUCAGUGGAGUACGUGCGUCGCCUCGUCACCAAAUGCGCGGGCGGCGCCGGCGGCGGAUCCAUGCCUGUCGUCUUAGAGUGCACACACAUCUACAGCGCAGAUUAUACUGCAGCCAAGAGCAUUGAAAGACUAACUGCCGACUUCCACGACCGCCGUCAACCUCUUUACUUCUAUAAUGUGAAACCGUCAGUCUGCUCAAUAUUUGAAGCCGUUGCCAAGCCAGAACACUUCGUCGUGUUCUACGAAGAUGAGGAGUUGGAUAGGCUUCUAGCGGCUGAUGACCGUCUCCCCCCACUACCCAACCACGACAAACCCCCCGUCUGAGCCGUACCUGAACGAUAUGACGAUUAUUUUUGAGAUUCAGAUUCACGUGUGUGAUAUUUUGAGAUGCAGAUGUGUAUUUUAUGUAUUUGUAUAGACAGAAACUCGUAUUUACUAAGUAGGUUCUCCCCCUGUAAAUAUUUAUGUCUUGUAAGUUCGAAUUUAUCAAGUGAGUAGUUUUGUAAGUCUCCGUUCGGAGAGCGAGGGCGCUGGCCUCGACAAUAUCAGUAUUAUGUACUUACUUCAGCGCGCAGAGCGUUAUUUUUGUAAUAUUUUUCGAGCGGGACACCCCUGCGUCCGCUCCCUAUCGUUGUGAUCCUAGCCAAUUAACGUAGCCCGCGUGGCGAGCCGUGUCGCCCCGUCACGUGCCGUGUCGCCGGCGCCACGGGUCCCCACGCGGAUGAGAGGUGCAGAUUAUAAGAAAUAUUAUUAUAAAAUACGUUUUAGCGUCGAUAGUCUAUUUAUUGUUAAGACGGUGAUAAUUAGGUGAUUACUAAAGUACAAGUCGAUUAAAUAGAAACAAAAUAAAAUACUUACUUAUGUGUAUAGUUAGUUAGUUUAACGUGAAGCUUUAAACGGCCUAGCCAGGGGCGGGCAAGCGUUGCUCGUCAGAGGAUAGACAGUAGCAAUAACUUGAGUGAAAGACUCGCGCGCGCCGUGUGAGACGCGGCCGCGCGGCCCGCACCGGCGACCCUCCUGACCCACCGUGACCCUUACUGACCCAUCCUGACCCACGGUGACCCACCCUACCGUUGUGCAUCCCGACCUAUCCUUACCCUACCCUACCGAUCGGGACCCAUCUGACCCACCCUGACUCACUGCGAGUCUUCCUUACCCUCCUGACCCCUGAAUGCAACCCCUCGGCGCCGGUGCGGGUGGAUGAUGCAUGUGAUGAGAAGCCUAUGUUAAUGAUGUUGAUGACACACUGAGUGAGAAAUUCUAAUAGAAUGUAAAAUAAACUCUGUGAGAGUC